AUGGUAGUUAAAAAUAUCCUAGUAGACCUUACUCAAAUCCAAGGUUGCAUUGCGCUUGGGAUUAAUCUCAAUGCUACAGUUGAGUUUGUUAUCCAAAAUUACCGGAGUCGCCGCCACAGAACAGAAUCCUUGAUCACCAUAGAUGAGGAGAUACUGAAGUUGCGAGCACAAGGACUCAAUGAAGAGGACGAUGUGGUCUUGUGGAAAGGAAAAGGGGAUGUGUUCCGACCAUGUUUUGACACACGCGAAACAUGGAACUCCAUUCGAGUGCAGCAGCCAAAGGUUCAGUGGUAUAAGGGACUUUGUUUUCUCGGGCUCAACACCAAAAUACUCUGUCAUGUCUUGGAUCGCAGUACACAAUCGCUUGGCAACAGGAGAUAUGAUGCUGCAAUGGAAUUCUCAGAGACCAUUUGGAGGAACCUCACAAGGAAGCUACUUGGACAGAAUUACUCACACGUGUGGGGCCAAAUUCUUGUUCUUCUCUCGACUAAUACUGUUUCAGGGGUGAAAAGGUUCCUCCUAAGAUAUGUAUUUCAACUCUCGAUACAUACUAUUUGGCUGGAGAGAAAUGGUAGGAAGCACAGCAGGGUUCAGAGACCUCUGAGCUUUCUUAUCAAGUUCAUCGACAAGCAGACAAAAAACCGUAUCAGCUCACUUCAGGGACGAGGCGGUACCUCUUUCAAAAACGCGAUGAUGGUCUGGUUUUCGUCUAGAGAUUAG